CACGAAAAGCCCUGACCCAUAAAGUCCCUCCUUGGUGUUUUUCAAACAACGGACCACAGACAAAAGUGAGCCAUCCGCUGGAAUCUCGGCCAGUCUGCAGCUUUAUGUCCAGCACGACCAAAAGUUUAGACAGGCCCUUUGUAGGCUGGCGCCAUCGAGACUUCGGAGGAAUUUCUGCACAGUUUUGUCCAAAGGGAGGAUAAGGCAUAAACUGAGGUAACCAUGCCUGCCAAAGGAUUCCAUACAAGCCGCUUUGUCUUGUGGGCGUUGGCAUUGUCACUCAUUUUGGAGGUCAGCAAGGUUUGGUCCUGUCGACUUGGUUUUUCGACAGAGUGUGAGAAAGCCGCCUUCAUUCCCGGCUACAAUCUCGCCGGGGAGGGUUUUGAUGUGGUCCGUAUGCGUCGGACGGGGGCGUACGUGAUUAACGUCAAAGCUCAUCUGGUUGACAAUCACACGUGCACACUGUGUCCGAACCGCUUCCACGAUGGACAGAUUCAGAAGCUCCCAGCUGCUGUGCUUGACUGGCGUCCUUUCAGCCGCUGUAGCAAGCAGCUUUCCAGUGCCCUCCACCACUCGGUGGAUUCACUUCUGCGCAGCUCGAGCUCGCUGGUAAACAACAACUGGGGCGUAGGUUUGAGCCUUGAUAACAUCGGAAAGGCAGUGCUGGGAGGGAGUCGCUCAGAGAUGGCCAAAUUUGCUCGCUCGCAGCACAGCGUGGACAAGGCCACAUUUGCCAUCCAUGAAAUCAGUUGCACUUACUACAGCUAUAGGGUGGCUGACCACCCCCAGCUGAGCGCAGAGUUCACAAAACAUCUGAGGAGACUCCCACAAAGUCUUAAUACAACCCGGAGCAGAGCCCUGUACAGACGGCUGAUCGACACCUACGGCACACACUACAUACACCAGGUUCAACUUGGUGGCAAGGUUAGGCGAAUCACGGCUUUCAGAACCUGCCUUGCCACACUGAAGGGCUUUUCCGAGUCGGAGAUCAAAAACUGCCUGAAUGCUGAACUGCGCAUGGCCUUAGGUUUCCUCCCUGCUAAUGCAUCUUUCUCCAACAAAUGCGAUGACGUCUUAAAGGGCAAUAUGAGUAUGGGCUUCUAUCAGGGUUUCAUGACCCAUAAGAUUGAGGUUUUUGGAGGGGAGAAGUACUUUCCGGACAUCCUUUACCAGCAGGACCCUUCCGAUGCCUAUCACAGUUGGAUGAACAGCCUCCAAAACAACCCAGAUGUGGUAUCCUACGGGAUUUUCCCCUUGCACCACCUAGUGGAGGACUCUCAGAUCAGCGCUAACCUAAGAGCGAUUAUCUCGGAAUACAUCCAGGAAAACAAGCUACAGGAGGAUCACUUUGGCUUCAAGAACUGUUCCCCGACUCCCAACCUGGACCACAACUGCUGUCCUCUGCGGGCUGGCCGAGGGACACUCAAACUGGAAAUCCACAGAGCGGCAGGCCUCAGAGCAGACACCUUCACCAAAACAGAUGCUUAUGUGAAGAUUUUCUACAACGGCAUGUACGAGGAGACGGAGACAGUGAUGGACAACAACGACCCCGUGUGGAACACCACCUACUACUUUGGCUCGGUGGAGCUUGGGCGGGAGUUGAGGUUUGAAGUGUGGGAUAGAGAUGUUCUGUACAACGAUGUGGCGGGCAGAUGCCUUAUCUUUCCUGAGCGAGGAACUCAUUCUCUCAGCUGUCAGCUGAAAAAAGGUGUUUUAUAUUUUUCCUACACCAUUACAUGUGAUGCUCACUUGACAGGCUUCAGGUGUGGACGCUACUCCCCCAAUGCAGAGUAGUUGACUUGGUACUUUCUUCUUGAAGUAGUCCAUUGAGCUAAUGUGUUUACUUGGAAUUGAAAAAAACGUAUACUUACCUUAUAUGGGUUUGUUAUCCAUACUUAUUCCUACAAUGGAUUUUUUUAAAGUUACUUUCAUAUCCUGUAAAUUCGACUCACUUUGACAAUAACACGUACAAGCUUAUAGAGCAAUAUAAAAUGAUUAGGAAUGCCUAAAUUGUCUUCACUAAUUACAAUAAAUCUCUUAUGGAA